AACAUGGGACAACUGCUGCUCCGAAUCUGCAUCAGGUGGAUGGAGAAAACAAGUUUCUUUGUGAAAAUCACGUUGUGCUUUUACUUUACUUUGACAAGAAAAAAGAAAAUUAGCACAUAUGUCACACUCAGUGGGGUGCUGUAGGACAGAGGGCUGGCUGCUGGCUGUGUGAGGAGCCGGAUCAGAGGUGGUAAACAGUCUGAUCCCCUCACUGACAGUCAGGAGCUGGACCGAGGCCAGCAGGGUCACAGAUCAUCUUCCACUUCUCUCCUUUUACCAUCUCUGCCUACAAACAGAAAAACCUACAGAGGCGAAAUGGAAAAACAUCCACAGAACCUCAUCUGACUCGAUCCGAAGACGUCGGUUUCUGGACUUCAACUCCUCAAGCUGGAUUUCCCUUCUUUGGUCUUAUUUCUUAGUCACAUUUUGUGAUUUUAAUCAGCAUUUUUUGGGCUGUUUUAGUGUUUUGUUUUUGCUUUUUUAUUAAAUACUAUACGUGUUCUGGACGUCAAUGGCGGUCGGUGUGCUCGACUCGCAGACAAAAAGCUCCUUAAACGGGAGCACAUUUUUUGACCGUGGCUCUUUGAAAGAGCAGGAACUUCCACCUCCCUUCCGGAGCUACCUUUGUUUGACCAUGUUGACGUGCUUCUGUCCGGCGUACCCCGUCAACAUAGUGGCCCUGGUCUUCUCUGUCAUGUCUAGAAACAGUUACUACCAAGGUGACUAUGACGGCUCCAAGAGGCUGGGCAGGAGCGCCUUGUACGUCUCCAUAGCAUCCAUCAUCAUCGGCCUUCUCGUCAUCGCCGUCACCUGCAUCGUUCAUUUCACCACAAUGGAUCAUUAGCACUGAGAGGAAGGGAGAAUAAAUAUGAGACAAAGCAACAGAAACCGCUGGAUGAUGGUAUCUGGACCGGCUCAUGUUACUUUCCCCUCCUGUUGACGGGAAAUGACUCAUUUUUACUGCUUUCUAUAACUCAUCCCCCCCCCCCACACACACACACACACACAUCUUUUCCUCUUUUCAUUUGAACAAUCAAUAUAAAUGUGAUAUAUUUCUAAGCUAGAUAUCCCACUUGAUUUUCAUUCAGAUGUAGAUUUCUAGAUGUAACGGAAAUCCAAUCAUUUUAGUUUCCACAAGGCCAAGACAGUGGGUGGUGUAUCUUUUCCUACACCAAGCACAAAUUCAGUCUGAAGACAGUGCUCUAAUCUAUAGCUAAUUUCUUGAAGCCAUUCCUUGACUGUAAAAAGAUCAACAUUUAUCUGCCCUAUCCAAAUAGAAUGCUCUCUUGUUUUUACUAUUUUGAAGAGAGCCAGAAAGUUAUGUAUUAUUUAUUAAUAGUCCUUUUUGACACUCUAAUUAUCCUAAAUAUGGUAAUAUUAAUAAUGAUUUUUAAAAAUCCACUUCCAUGUGUGCCGAGGGUUAUUGUUCUGAAGACUUAGCAUAGUAAGUACAGGGCGCCAAUGAGUUGGAGGACUUUUUCUGAAAACUGCAGUAUGAAAUUAUACUCCUACACAUAUGUUUGAAUUUAUUUUAAGGCUUUUUACACGUCUUUACCCGAGGUACCAAUGAUUAUGGAAGUCUUUGUAUUUGAGUGUGUCAAUAUUACAAGGUAAAUAACUUUUCUUGGUAAAGUAUGAUUUUUCUGUGACAAAAAUGUGUCUUUUUAGCAAAAACUUGUUUACUUUCAACUUAAUCAAAUACACCAGGCCAUUAAAAAUGUAUUUGCACACUGAUAAA